AAAUUAACAAACAAAUCCUGUUUCAUUUUGGUAAUUCUUAAAAACGAGUUUAUUAACUCUGCGACCUACAGAAAGCACAGCGAUGCCGAGCAAAAAUCGCGAAUUUACAGUAAUUUUAGUUUUAUGUUUUGCCUAUUUAACAAAGACUGAAAAACCAUGUGCAUCAUUCAAUAAUAUUAAAGUUUCUGUGGUGCAAUUAAAAGGUGAGCCAUUCGAAGCAACUAUAUACGGUUGUGUGCAAAGGCCUAAUUUUCGUGAUGAAGUUAUCGUGUCAGAAAUUUUAGUGAGCGAGCAAAAUGUGCCCAGGUUAGGAAGAGAUGCCAUCAGGCAUAUGCCUAGAUUAACAAGCCUUGUUUUUGAAAAUUGUGGCAUUAAUAAUAUAAUGCCAGGAUCUAUGAGGAAUCUACCAAAACUAAGGUAUUUUGAAGUUAAUAAAAGUGGUCUAGCGAGGAUUUUAUACGGGACAUUCCAAGAACUUUUCACAUUGGAGACCAUCAAAAUACAUAACACGGAUUUAAAUGAAAUUGACACAGACGCUUUUGGAUUUUUGCCUAACUUAAAAGAGACGGACCUAAGCAACAAUCAGCUAAACUACUUCGACAGAACAUGGUUCACAAACAGCACUAACUUGGAAAUCCUGAACCUUCAACACAAUAAAAUUAGAACCAUAGAAAGAAAAUCCUUCAAGCCAUAUCAUAGACUCCGUGAGAUACAACUAGAUCACAACGAUAUUACCUUACUGGAAACAAAUUCCUUUAAAGGUUUACGACACCUGGAACAUUUAAGUCUAACAUACAACAAACUAAAAUCUAUCGAUUCCGAUAUUUUCCCAAAUUCAAUUAAAAUAACCCGUCUGAAUAUAGCCGCAAAUCACCUCACAUAUCUACCAACUCAACUGAUGGAUAAGUUGAUAGUAAGAAAAGUAAUGUUGGAUGGAAAUCCCUGGGAGUGCCAGUGCUUACACAAAGUGACGAAUUGGUUGUACAGCUCGGGAGCGAAUUUGGAAAAACCGAGUAAUUGUGGAGAUAUCCCCGUUUGUUACUCGAGCACAGUUAACGAAAAAAGUUGCAUGGAAGUUGAUGAUGAUGAAGUUAGAGUGAAGUAUUUUGAAGCCCUCAGGCGUUUAGGAGAUAAAGUUCAUAAACAUUGUGCUAGACUAAACUAACCAAGUUGUUUUUAAAAAUUAAUUAAAAAUAAUAAUAAAAGAUUGACAGACAUUAUGAUUAAGUAAUUAUUAUAAUCAUUACCAUUAAAAAACAAUUCAAUUAUAUUUUUAAUUAAGUAACAGCUUAUAAAUAA